CAGAGGGGCAGACGGGCUGCUGGGUGGCCUGUGCGAGAUCGGGAGCGGCAGAGAUGGGACCAAGGGGCCGGGAGGUCUGAUGGGUGGGGUGGCGGAGUAGAGGGGCACCCAGUGGCCUGGGGAGCGCACAGAGGGGGAGGCAGCCAGGUCCUGGAUGGUGGACGGGCCAUAGCAGGGGCUUCCCAAGGAGGGGCCCUAGGAGCCUAAACAGCCCGCAGCGUCCAGGGCUCACGGACUGGAGGAGAUGGAGGAUGCAGGAGCCUGCGCAGCGUCCAGCUUCCCUCCUCCGUGUAACCUGCCCCUCUCUCCACCCGCCAGGCCUCAGCCACCUCCGGAUGCUGGUGCUGCCGCCCCCCUGCCCUCAGCCCCCGGCGCUGGCCAAGGCGGAGGCCAUGGAGGACCUGCCCCCUGGGACAGGCCGGUCCCCAGAACCCGGACCUUCCUCCUCCGCAGGAUGCCCCCCGCCCUCCUCCCCUCCGAGGCCCAACCACUACCUGCUCAUUGACACCCAGGGCGUCCCGUACACCGUGCUGGUGGAGGAGGAGGCUCCGAGGCAGCCCGGGCCAGCGGGGACUUCAGCCCAGAAAAAGUGCUACAGCUGCCCCGUGUGCUCCCGCGUCUUCGAGUACAUGUCCUACCUGCAGCGCCACAGCAUCACCCACUCGGAGGUGAAGCCCUUCGCGUGCGACACCUGCGGGAAGGCCUUCAAGCGGACCAGCCACCUGGCGCGGCACCACUCCAUCCACCGGGCCGGCGGGGGGCGGCCCGGCAGCCACGCUGCACCUGCGGCCGCGUUAAAACGAGACGAGGUGGGAGGCAGCAGGUCGGUCGCUCGGAAAUCCGAUGAGCCCCGCCCGUUCCAGUGCCCGCACUGCCCGCGCCGGUUUAUGGAGCAGAACACGCUGCAGAAGCACAUCCGGUGGAAGCACCCGUGAGCCGGGCCGCCGGGCACCCCUGGUACCAUGGGAUCUGGGGGAGCCCGGACUCCUGUGGUUCUCAGACACCCGGAGGGCACCCGAGGCCGAGCUGUGGGGCCCUGGACACAGACACGGACCCCCCUGCUGCGGAGGCCAAGCCCCGCGGAGGGAGGAGCUCCAGAGUCACCGCGGGUCCCCGCGUUUUGGAGACAAGAUGGGAACAAGACCACAGUUCUGAGUGGAGGCCUCCAGCCUCAGUGACGCCGGCUGCUCCAGGCUGGGCCCUGACAGGGGCCGUGGGUGGGCCGCUGGGCGUGGACAUUCUCUGGCCUGAAGAUGUGGUUGGGGGCCAUCGGGAACCCACUCCAUCUCGCUGAGGCCUCCAUGCGGAUGUUGGGGGCGGGGCUCCAGACCUGGCGCCCCCUCCGCCAACCCCCCCCCCCAACUCGAGCCAGGGACUGAGAGUAGCCACCCAAUAAACCCGUUUUCUACUUUGA